AGCGAAAAUAAAAUAUCAUGAGCACCAUUGCGCACACCGAAACGCGAUAACGAACCGACUACUGCGACUACGAUGAACGGAAUAUUGACGCGAGAACGAUCGUCGUCGCCGUGACCGCGAGAAUCGCCAACCACCACCACUGGUCAAGCCAACGGUACGUUCCCGACACGGUGUUCGGCGCGCGUUCGCGAUCCUCGUCACCGUCCCUGCCCCAUUGCGAUCAACGGACCCGUCGCCGUGUCCCCGGCGGCAGGAGCUGUGUGACCUGCCCACCCGCCGGACUGCCUGCGGACACACGUCGUCAUGGGCGCCGGACCCAGUCACGGCGAGCUGGCCGACAAUGAUUGUCUGCUGCGGUUGGCUGGCGAGCUGGAGAUCACCAUCGACGACCCCUUCUGGGACACGUUUCUCACGUUCUCGCUGAACCCUCCGACGUCCAGCCAAGACGACAAGGUACUAACUGAUCGACUCAAGAGCAUAUGUGAUUCGUUAGUUGUCAACAACAGGAACACGUCCAAUUUCAAGACUUUGAUCAGGCUGCUGUUGGAAAAAGCAGACUUUGAAAAAUUAGAAGCUGAAGAAAACAACAUCUUACGAUGGCAAGUAUUCAAUGGGCUGUUCAUUGCUCGAUAUUUUCUCAAAUAUCUUGUCCAAAACUCCAAAGAAAUUGAACUAAUCAAUCAAUUUGAAUUACAAACAGAUGGUAUUGAAGUUGCAUUAGGUGAUCGAAAGGAGUAUGCCGUUCCAGAAGAUUUAAAUGAGACAACAUCAUUUAAAUUUUUAUCGUUAUUAGUUAAAAUUGUAUCUGAACUAAAAGUGAUGAAUUCUACUUAUUCAAUUCACAUUGAAAGUUUAAAUUGUAUUUUAAUUAUGUUGUCUAUUCAAAUGUACACCAUACAACCUUCAAGUAGUCUCAUUACAUACAGAAUAUUCAUGGAAAAUAUUGACUCACCAAAAUUGUCCAAAGCAUUACUACUAAGGUAUACUGAGCAAAUUAAACCUCCUCCCGUGAAUGGAGGUGGCAUUUUCUAUGGAUUGGCCUCAAACUUGUGGAACAUACUAACCCUGAGUUCUAAUGCACCUGAUCAAACAAAUCAGAGUCCAUUAAGUUCAUUGUCAAUUAGUGUAUUGUUGGUAUUGAUUAACCACUGCACGUCACCACCACCUCCAAAUGGUAACCCUUACCGUACAUAUAUUUCCUCAUUUUCAGAAAAUCUUGUUGCCGUAUAUCAAUUUCUCGGAGAUAAUCAGGAAGCUCCGUUAAGUGAAGAAAAGACGUUGCUGUUAUACCAUUUGAUACAUUGUAACAAUGGUUUUAAGACAUUUCUUCUGGCUCGUACUGAUAUCGAAGUUGUGUUAAUUCCACUUUUAAGAACAAUUUAUAAUACCCAAAGUAGUAGAUUUCAACACAUGUACAUGGCACUUAUUGUACUGUUAAUAUUGACUGAAGAUCAACUUUUUAACAAAACUGUCCAUAAUAUAAUACUGAAAGGUGCUACUUGGUAUCAAGAAAGAGUGGUAUCCGAAAUUUCCUUAGGUGGUCUUAUAAUUUUGGUCACUACAAGAACAGCACAAUAUAAUUUACUUAAAAUGAGAGAUAAAUAUCUACAUAUAAAUUGUUUUGCGGCAUUGGCAAACAUGUCAUCACAGUUCAAUCAAUUACAUCCAUAUGUAUGCCAAAGAAUGUUGAGCUUGUAUGAGGUGCUAUCAAAAACAUUUUUAAGAUGUCCCAACCAAGACAUGAGUGCCAUUGAAGAAGCUUUGCGUAUAGUAUUGGAAGUUAUAAAUUCAUGUUUGUCUAAUCAACUCAUACACAAUCCUAAUUUGGUGUACGCUCUUCUGUACCAACGCAAAGUUUUUGAGCCUCUAAAGAGUCACGAAGCAUUCCAUGACGUUAUUCAGAACAUUGACAUGGUUAUCACAUUCUUUUCAGCAAAACUGGAACGUGAGGAAGAACUGUUAAAUUCAUCUGAUGUAACCACAAUGUUGUCCCGGGUGCAGCAUUGGUCUCUUCAGUGGCCUAGAGACCUUAUGAAAAAAUUCCCGGAUCUUAAAUUCAAGUAUGUGGAAGAAGAGAAACCUGAAGAAUUUUUUGGUCCCUAUGUCUGGUCUUUGGUGAACAUAUUGUCUGGUAUAAACUUUGAAUCAACGCUUUAUAAAUUAAACUAAUUGACAAUAAUUUAUUAAAUCCAAAGUUUUAAUUUUA